AUGAAUAUUAAGAUUCACUACACUCAUAAAAAACUCGAAGAUUUAUAUGAAGGCCGUACACUUCGACCGGAAACCCUUGACGGUACGAGAAUAGAUCCAAAUAGCUACGAUAAUAGACCUUCCGUCGAGUUAGUCAUUAAUCAAACCACUUCUUCCCUGGGCUUAGAAGUCAUUGAAUCAAAAGUUAUUGCGCUAUUCAAUAUGGUCGAGAAAAAGUUUCAUGUCGGUGAAGGUCAACUUUUACGCGUUGUAGUUGGUGCUUGUGCACUAUUGAUAAUUAGGGAGGAAAAAAUCCCCAAAACAAUGCGAGAAGUGGCGUUCACGUUAGACUUGGAAAUGCAACAUCUUACAAAUGUAGUACACAAGAUACGGAUGCAUCUUAUGCCUUCGGUUCCAAGUUUUAUAGAUGUUGAAGUAUUAGUUAAUAAAGUAAUACACGAUCUACUUGAGAAUCAUGACAACAAAUUUAAUUUACCAAUUUAUGUUGAUAUAAUGCAACUGGAUCACCUUAGACAAGACGUGCAAGUGUAUGAUAUUCAGAGUGAAAGCAAUUAUUCGGAGGAAAGUGUUUCGCAUAAAGAAUUUCAAGAUUGCAUCAUGAAAUAUUAUCGUAAAGUUUUUACCGGAAUAUGCAUGCAGCUGCUCAAAUAUGCUAACGAGGGUAAUAUUAUAACUGGAAAGCAACCUUCGCCUGUCGGCGCUGCGAUUGUAUUGAUUGCGAUUGAGGCCACUGAAAAACCAAGUCAUGAUGAAUGGAAGAACAACCAUAAACGAGCUUCUGAUAUUGUUAUUAGUCUUCCUUGGAGUUUUCUGGCGCAAGAAAAUAAGAGCAGGAGCUACCUAUACGUCGCUGAUUUAUCUCAAUUUUACGAAUGGGUUUCUAACUGUCGCGAAAAGGGAAAACAAAAGAAGCAUGCUAUGGUAGACAAGGGCAUGAGUAUUGAACCUGAAAGCGUAGUAAGUACAGAUCUUACUGAUCAUAAUGAAAAUCGAUCCUCAAUGCAAGAUUAUAGAGAUAUUAGUGAUGGACACGUCAUAUGUGAAGGUCAUGAAUCUGAUGUUACAUUAGAUGACGAAGAGUUGGAUGAAUAUAUGCGAAACGAAAGCGAGAUCGAAAUUGCGAAAAAUUCGUGGGAAGAUCAGGAAAGUUUGGAUGAUCAAAAUGCGCACGAUCAAAAAAAUAAGGUGCUUAGAAAGCGAAGACAAGUUCUCCGUGAAAAAGGGACUUUCAAAAAACGUAAAGUUGAUGAUCAAGUUGAAAACUCUCAAUCUGACGCAUCAGAGAAUAUGGAUGGAGAUGACGUAAAAUAUAAGACGCGUAAAAAACUUGCAAGAACUGAAAAGGGCUCCCAAAAACGAAAUGGCCGUGAGAAAGAACUGAAUUCUUCUAAAAUUAAGCUUAAUUUUGAUCCAAGUACAGUAGAUAUGAAUUUAUUUGAUCACAUAUAA